AGAUGGCCGCGCCGCCGGGGCACUCUGGGACUUCUGGGACUUCUGGGACCUCUCUGCAGGGAUCUUGUUCGGCGUCUGCUCUCGUCCCACCCGCCCGUACCAACUUGCUCACCUCGGCGAUUGAUGGAGUAAAAAAAGAGAAGAGCUUCACCUUUCACGCCUUACAAGGUAGCUAUAGGAAGCCCGCUCGGUGAAAAUCGUACGAUCUCACCAAUCAAAGGCCUCGAGAUUUCUCAUUACUGAAUAUCUUCAAUUGCACCUUUCAACGUCGCUCCCUCAUCCUCAUACGACCCUCCUCUCUGUUUUGAGGUCUAAUAAGUCUCGACGUCAUCAACUCCUUCUCCGCAGACACUGAACGUAAAGCGACCGGCGCCCCGGUCGACAAUGCCAGGAGAAUGGCAACGCACGACAAGAUGAAGAGCGCCGAGGCCGACGACGCCGCGUGGGAAGCUACCCGGGGAGCCUUCAUCGGCGCCGCGAGAUGGGGUCUCGGAGCCGCCGUCGUGGGCGCCUUUGCGUACAAGUUCUCGCCUCUGUACAAGGGCCUCACCAUUCAGUUCAAGAUCUAUAUGCAAAUGUCAGCCAUGGUGCUGGGAAGCAUGCUGGAGGCGGACAGCAGGUUACGAGAGUAUGAGGCCCGGGUCAGAUUGCAGAAGCGCAUUCUGAGGGAUAGGGCCAAGUGGGAGAGAUUUGAACGGGAAUUUUAUGAGAAUUCCAACGAGAAGAAAUGAACAGUCACCAUCACAGGCGAAUAAACCGAAAUUGAUCACUCUCCAAAGGACUAUUGAUCUCAACCUGUAUUUCAUAGUAUUGUAUAACAUUGGACAGUCA